AUGAUCUCAGGUGCAGCGGAGCGGCUGGCAGACCUCGAGGCGCUGCUGGCUUCGCAGGCGAAGCGGAUCGCCGAGUUGGAGACCCAGAACGCUGCUUUGCAAAGGCAGCUUCGAACUUCGAGGCCUUCCACUUCCGGGCCAUCUGGGAACUGGUCGGCUGUCGACGCCGCGACGUUGAAGAAAGGCAACGUCGUGGCUUACUCUCUGGACCUCAUCGAUGCAUGGGGCGGAGGUGUGCAGCGCUCGGCUCCCAAGGUGUCCGUGGUCACGAAAGUGGUCCAUCGGCAGGGCAUUACCAGCUACGCGCUGCGCUGCGAGAGUGGUGGUGUCGAUUUCGUCGAGGCCUCCAGGCUGAGAGACGUGCAGCUGGCACUCUGA